AUGUUGACACCCAUCACGGCCCCGCCCGUCUCCAUCACGCUCGAGCGCCACGCCGAGCUCACGUCCUCGACGCCCGCGAGCUUUAGCGACAUUCCGCCCGUGCUGCGCUGGGAAAACGACGCGACAGUCGAGCUCGCGACCCCCGGCGCGCCGCAGGGCUGGGCGAGCGGCGUCGCCGUGCCCGGACGGCUGUACGUGACUGAAGAAGCCGUCACGUUCGUCCCCGCCACCGCGCUCGCGGGCUUCACCCUCCCCUUCCCGGCGCUCACGCUGCACGCGCUCACGCCCGCCGGCGACCGCCCGGCACACAUCUACUGCCAGCUGGACGAGACGGCCGCCACGGCGCCCGUGCCCGGCACCAACGGCGCUGUCGCGAACGGCGGCGCCGCGGGGUUCAACGGCGUCGACGAGGAGGAGUACGCCGAGCUCGGCGAGAUGCGCCUCUUUGUGGCUGCUGACCAGCUGGUGGUGGGCCCGAGGCGCGGUAUCGCCCCUACUAGGGCGGGUGGUGGUGGUGCCGACAUGGGCGGCGGCCAGCAAGACUCGGACGCAGACGCACAGGUGGACGCCGUCGCCGACUUUCUCGCAAAGGUCGACUGGGGCAACGUGCCCGCCCCAGGCGGGUGGGUCGACGUGCCAGACGACGAGCGCGUCGUGUUCCCCACCGCCGUGUCGGCCACGGCAGACGCGACAGCAGACGCGACAGCAGACGCGCCUACCCCCAACCACGUCCCGAUCCCCACUUCGACGUUUGACGCAUUCAGCGCCGGCGCCAGCGCUGCGCAGGAGCAAGUCGCGGCGUUGCAGGGCCAGGUGGCACAGCUCGAGAGCCAGCUCGAGGCGACGCGGGCACGCAUGGCGCAGCUUGAGGCACAGGUCGCGUCGGAGCGGACGAGGAGCGCGGCGUUGGAGAGGGAGGUCGCUGUGCUGAGGGGAGCGGUGGCGGGGCCAUGA